GCCUACUACUAUAUGGUAGAUGCUUCGUUUCCUCGCGACGAGGAGUUGAGGACGCACCAGGGAUUAGCACAGUAGCCAUUACUUAAUCCACAACACACGGCGAGAAGGAAGGAUAUGAUGGCAUGGUUCGCCUCACUGGUCGUUCUUGGCAGCGUCUAUGUAGCCGCCUUGGCGUUCCGCCUCCUUUCGCACCUUACCGUGUGCCUCCGGCGCUGCUAUGGCACGUGGGCCGUCCUCACGGGGCCAACAUCGGGCAUUGGCUGGUCCGUCGCCAUGGAGCUUGCGCGCAGGGGACUGAACCUUGUCCUCGUCGGCCGUGAUCCGGCAAAGCUCCGUGACAUCUCCGAGACGAUAUCCAGGGCCGCUCCCACCGUGCAGACCAAGACUGUACUCUUCGACCUGUCGCUCCUCACCACCGCCCAGGGUGAGGAGGCGAUGCGGCAGCUGCAGCAGACCGUGGAGGAGUUGGACGUUGGACUGCUGGUGAACAACGCGGGCGUGCUGGAGCCCAGCGCGGUGUUCCUGCACGAGGCCGACGUGGAGGCAUGUGUGGAUAUGAUACGGGUGAACCUGCUAGCGCUGACCGAGGUGACGGCGGCAGUGAUUCCCGGCAUGGUGAAUCGCGGGAGGGGAGCUGUGGUCAACUUGGGCUCGGCUUCGUCAGAGGCCAUCCCAUCCUUACCCCUCUACACGAUGUACGCCGCAACUAAACGCUAUGUCGCUCGGUUCUCGAAAUGUCUUCACGUUGAGUAUAGACGCAAAGGAAUCGAUGUGCAAUGCCAGGCACCGUUCUUCGUGGAUGGCACAAUGGCGUCAAGAUUCGCCGAGGCCAGGCGUUUUGUGCCAUUGACGCCAACGCCAGACGCCUACGCCCGCGCGGCAGUGCGCUGGAUCGGACACGGCCCACUAUGCGUGCCCAACUUCCGACACCAGAUAAUGUGGUUCUUUGCGGGAAUUGCGCCUGACUUUUUGCAAGAUGGAAUCCUCCUGCGUGAUCACCUAUGGCAAAGAAAUGAGUUACAGAUAACGAGGUCUUUGCCCGAGGUGUGCCCUAUUAAGCAAGGUGGACAUGCGGCUGCCUGAAGCUGUGUUUGCCAGACAAUUAAUUGCGUAAAACGCUUACUCUACUACCUCCGGGUAGGAAUAUAACCGACGCACAUGAAUUUAAGUCUGUAAUCUAUUCUACUCUCUACUAUUAAAGGGAGUCGGUAGCGUUUACUCCACUGCGGUUAAUCCUCUCCCACCUAUUUUUUCAUAUCGUACCGAUAUAUUUAAACCAGGUUUUAGCCUAUGCCCUAUUUAAACC